CCUUGGGUGGCUGUGACUCCGCGGAAGAGGCGCUCCGCGGCGCGGCGGCCUCGGCGGAGGGAGGUGGCGGCCUGCAGUCCGGGGGCGGAGCUCGAGGCGGACAGUGAAGUCGUGCUUCGUCGUCUCCUGGAAGCUGAAGCGGACCUGCUUAUCUCUGAUUUCUGGAGCUCUGCAUUAGAAACCAUCAACAGGUGUCUUCAGAAACUUCUGGAACAACUGAAGGCCCCAGUGGAGACUCUUUCGGAAGCCUUUGGAAGCUUGCAUCUUGCCCCAUCACCAGAUGAGUCAAAUGAGGCCCCUGACUCUGUCCCAGGAGAGACCCUGGUCACAGGAACCUGCCAUCUGAAGUGUGUGUGUUAUGGCAUUGGGAAUUUUGCCACCUGUGUCAUAGCGAGAAACCAGCUAACGUUUCUGCUUCUCCUUCUGGAAAAGUGCCAGAUUCCCAGGAGUCACUGCUGGGUAUAUGACCCUCUGUUCAGCCAAGCUGAGAUUGCAGUUCUUAACACCCUUGGUGUGACGGUUCUCUGUGAGAACGAGGAAGGAAAGCGGAGUAUCUGCGGCCAGCCCACCAUCUUCUACAUGCCCCACUGUGGGACCGCCUUGUACAACAAUCUCCUGUGGAGUAACUGGUCGGUGCGUGCCCUUUCCAGGACGGUCAUCAUCGGGAACAGCUUCGAAGGACUUGAGGAGAGGAUGUUGACAAGGACUCUGGAGAAAAAUUACCCCUAUGUCGCAAAGAUUCUAAGAGGCCUGGAGGAGCUGCAGCUUCCUCAGACUUCGCAGUACAUGGACAUAUUCAAUGACACCUCCGUCCACUGGUUCCCCACACAGAAGCUAGAACAACUCUCCAGGGAUAUUUGGGUGUUUCGGGAAGAGCCAGAUUAUGAGGACUGUCAGGACCUUGAAAUCAUCAGGAACAAGAGAGGAGACCCUUCAGCUGCUGGCCCGGACUUGCGGUGAUGUCUACAGACUAACAGGAAGGCUGUGCGGGGGGCUGCAGCGAGCACCUUUCUUUGCGGCAGGACACAUUUCAGGGCAGGUGAAGGGAAGGACGACUGCCUGGCCAGCCUGUCUUGAGAACGACGUGCUGUGUAAGGACAUGGUGUAAAGGUUUACACGCGUCUAAUGCAGCAUCCGCGUGUCUGCCAUCUGCUCUGGUGGCCUGGCCUGACGUGGGUUCCCCCCCGAAUAGUUACUCUUUUAAUUAAAGGUGACUUGAACAGUC